AAAAGGGGCAAAAAAGAAGAUACAAAAACAUACAACAGCCGGUGUUCGCUGGUGGUCACCCACCCAACUACUAAUCUGCCGGUUAGUGGCUUAUCUAUGGGGGAGCAGACGGGACCCCGAGUUUUCCACUACCUAUGGUCGUAUGUGAUGGGAUACGGAAGCAAGUCAGUCUAUAACGGAGAGAGGAAACGGGAGGAGGGCCCUUUGGCUUUUGGUGUUGAUGAGAAAACGGGAAGACCGUGGCUCGUACAAUGCAUUCCAUUGCGUCCGUGCUCAGUCUUCCUGUUUACUACCUAUGUACUCUUGAUCAGCUGUGCAGUUGAAUUUUUUAGUCCGUUAUGCUUUAUCGGAGCCGCAUAUGAGGUUGGUGUGUAUUCUCUCACUUGCUUGGGCACGUGUUGA